UUGCAUUAUGGCUUCAGAUUGUCCCUCACAAAGUCCAUACCCUGCUUUGAAUCUUUAAAGCUCCACCUCACUCACUAUUUCAUGGUGAUUCUCAGCUCAGCAGGGUAGAACAGGCCGUAGAGUACACCCUCACAGUGUCUGAGUAGACCUCUUACCUUGUUGAAGGCUGAUCGCUGUCUCAUGACCUUUUGGGUAUAGUCAGGCUGAAUAUGUAUUUUGUCUCCAUCCAAUGUGACAAUCUCCCCUUUCUGCUUGGCUUCCUUAAGCAAUAAUCCCCUCUCCUGAAAACAGUGACAUUUCACUACAAUUGCUCUUGCUGGUCUCGAUUUCAAGGUCCUGUGUGCCCGAUCUAUCACGGGGGCUUUAUCCAGCUGGAACGAGUCCUAAAGCAGCUCAGAUAUCCAUACUUAGACAAUUAUCAGUGCUAUUAUCACAAACAACAAACAAACAAACGUCCUGAGAAGACAGAAUUUGAUUUGGUGAAUAUUCACUGACAAACAAGCUAAAGGAAAAUUAGAAGGUGCUUAUUUUCUGCUCAGUUUUGUGUUUUACAAAUGGAUGUCUAUACUACAGGGCGUUGGUUAUAAUUCACUGAACACAUACAUAAAGACAGAGAGAGUACAUAAAUCAAUUAGGGUAGUGCCAUACAGUAGGAGAAAUACGAAAAAAAAAAAAAAAAAAAAAAAAGUAUAUUUAAAUAUGUAUUGAACUGGGUAGGCUUUUCAAAGGCUUUAUUAGAUAUUAAAUAAUCUAAAUCACACAAAAACUUUUUGUGUAGAAAAAGACUCUCUCAAAUUAGAUCUACCCAUCUACUCCUGCUCGACCUGACUCAUGUCCUGCCCUAUGAGGUCACUGGCAAUGUCUACAAGUAAUUAUCCAUAUUAAUUAUGUCUAUAAAAGUGAAGAUACUGUAUCAUGUCAUUUGCAUUUGGCAGUCGCAGUUGAUCUCAAACGUUGGGAUGCUCCUCUUCCUUUACAAACUCCUGAUUUUCUAUUACCUUAAUGUUAAGGCAGAAAAAACUUUUUGUCAAAUGAUGGGAGACCCUAAGUACCCACUGCUUUCCAAGGAUGGAGACAUAACUAUUGGAGCACUUUUGGCAAUACACAGUAAAUUAACAUUAUCUUCAUUUAAUUUUAAACAAAAACCUCAGCUUCUAUCAUGCUCUAGCGUGAAUCUACAAGAUUUUCGGAUGGUUCAAAUGAUGAUCUUUGCCAUAGAUGAAAUUAACAGAAACAAAAUGUUGCUCCCAAAUGUUUCUGUUGGAUACAGAAUUUAUGAUACCUGUGGUUCAAGACUGUCUUCUAUGAGUGCAACAAUGGCAUUGAUGAAUGGACCUGAGUUUGCAGCAGGAGAGAGAUGCAACGGUCAGUCUUCCAUACAUGCUAUCAUAGGAGAACCACAAUCUUCUGCCACAGUGAUUCUGUCCAGAACUACAGGAUCUUUUAACAUUCCAAUUAUAAGUCACUCGGCCACAUGUGAAUGUCUCAGUAAUAGAAAAUAUUACCACUCUGUCUUCAGGACUAUUGCUAGUGAUUACCACCAGAGCACAGCACUUGCAUACAUGAUUAAAUACUUUGGCUGGACUUGGGUGGGAGCUGUGAACAGUGACAAUGACUAUGGAAACUAUGGAAUGGCAAUAUUUCUGAAUACAGCCCUGGAGGAGGGGAUCUGUGUGGAGUACUCUGUGAAAUUUCAGAGAACAGAAACUGAAAAACUCAAAAUCGUAGUCAACACAAUUAAAAAAGGCACUACAAAAGUGAUUGUUGCAUUUCUUACCAGUUUUGAGAUGAACAAUCUACUUGAUGAGUUAUGUAUUCAAAACAUUACAGGCCUCCAAGUGAUUGGUGUGGAAGCAUGGAUAACAGCAAGCAGUAUGAUCACUCCAAACAGUUUUCGUGUGCUGGGAGGGUCACUGGGGUUUGCAGUGAAACAAAUCAAUAUUGAAGGAUUUGCAGAUUAUGUUCUAAAUGCAUUCUGGGACACAGCUUUUCCAUGCUCACAGACUGAGGGAAAUUAUACUCAAGCUGAAUUAAGUUGCCGCAAAUAUCAAGAUCUGCUUGUGAUGAAAAACUACAAUGAAGACGUGCCUGAACAAAGAUAUUCCAGCAAUGUCUACAAAGCAGUUUAUGCUGUGGCUCAUUCACUACACAGUCUACUCAAGUGCAAAGAACAUGGAGGCUGUGAGAAAAACUUAACAAUACAACCACAGCAGGUCGUUGAGGCUCUAAAAAACGUAAAUUUCACUGUAAAGUUUGGAGAUCGUGUGUGGUUUGACAGCACUGGUGCCACAAUAGCCCAAUAUGAAGUUGUGAACUGGCAGCAGGACUCAGAUGGAUCAAUCAAGUUUACACCAGUGGGAUACUAUGAUGCCUCACUGCCCCCUGACCAACGAUUUGUGCUUAACACUGAUAACAUAAUUUGGGUUGGAGGACAGCUGGAGAAGCCAAGGUCUGUGUGCAGUGAGAGCUGUCCUCCAGGCACUAGGAAGGCUGCACAGAAAGGAAGACCUGUCUGCUGUUAUGACUGUAUUCCAUGUGCAGACGGAGAAAUCAGUAUUGAGACAGAUUCAAAUAACUGCAAGCAGUGUCCAGGGGAAUACUGGUCUAAUGCUGAGAAAAAUAAAUGUGUGUUAAAAGUUAUAGAGUUUCUGUCAUUCACAGAACUUAUGGGUAUAGUGCUAGUCUUUUUCUCACUGUUUGGAGUAGGAUUAACUGUGCUGGUGGCCAUCCUGUUUUACAGCAAGAGGGACACCCCCAUAGUAAAGGCAAACAACUCAGAGCUGAGCUUCCUGCUGCUCUUCUCAUUGACUCUGUGUUUCCUCUGUUCUAUUACUUUUAUUGGUCGGCCCACUGAGUGGUCCUGUAUGUUGCGUCACACAGCAUUUGGGAUCACUUUUGUCCUCUGUAUCUCCUGUGUUCUGGGGAAAACAAUAGUGGUGUUAAUGGCCUUCAAGGCUACACUUCCAGGAAGCAAUGUCAUGAAAUGGUUUGGGCCUUCACAACAACGACUCAGUGUUCUUGCCUUUACACUUAUACAGGUUUUUAUCUGUGUGCUUUGGCUAACAAUAUCUCCUCCAUUUCCCUACAAAAAUAUGAAAUAUUAUAAGGACAAGGUUAUUCUUGAGUGCAGUCUGGGUUCUACUAUAGGUUUCUCUGCUGUUCUGGGUUAUAUUGGUCUACUGGCUGUCUUAUGCUUCAUAUUGGCUUUUCUGGCUCGCACCUUGCCAGAUAACUUCAAUGAAGCCAAAUUUAUCACAUUCAGUAUGCUCAUAUUCUGUGCUGUAUGGACCACAUUUAUUCCAGCUUAUAUCAGUUCUCCUGGAAAAUUUAUUGUGGCUGUGGAGAUAUUUGCCAUUUUAGCCUCAAGUUUUGGUUUAUUACUUUGUAUAUUUGCACCAAAAUUAUAUAUCAUCCUCCUUAAGCCUGAAGAAAAUACAAAGCAACAUGUGAUGGGAAAGAUUUAAGAGAAAUAAACUACAAAACAUGGAAAUGUUAGGUCAUUUUACUCAUACUGCACAUGAAUGCAAAGUUAGCAGACAAAGUUAUUUCCAUUUAGAGAAAUAAUAUAAUGAACAGUGCACAUCUGUUACCUAGCCUAUAGCUCAACAAAUGAAGACUUCAGAUGCAAAAGCCUCUAAGUGCCAUCUGAAAUUUUCUUCUAAAAUGAGCAUUUUUAUCGAGCUCAUAUGUUUAGGUUCAGUAAUUUCCCUUUAUUGGCAAUUAAUAGGUCUUUUUCAUUGCCAGUAAAGUGAAAUAACUGAACAUAAACAUACAAGCUUGUAUUAUUUUAGUUUCUGCAGAAUGUUUUGAUGAAGUCUAAAAGACUGAAGCUGUGUCAUAUUUCGAAUGCUAUGCUGCAUAGGUCGCAUUUGUCAGCCGCAUACGUCAUUGAGGCUGCCUCAUUUCAGUAAAGUAACCAUUACAUUCCAAAGUAAUAAAGAAAUUACAAUAAUUUACGCUUCACAAUAAAUAACAGUGGGUUUUAUAAUGGUUACUUUUUUUUAAAUGAGACCUUGAUGUAUGCAGCUGACAAAUGUGACAUCUGGAGGACGCAACAUUUGAAAUGGGCCACAGCUUAUGUGUGUUCGAUGAAAUGUAGGAAGAGUUUUCACUGUAUUAUUGUUAACAAAACCAUUUGUAACACUUAAUUUUUUUUUUUUUUUUUUUUUUUUUGUAGAGCUUUUGAGAAGGACUGAAAUAAAGAACUUAGUGGCCUUUUACUGUUUUGGUUGUCCCUGUAUUUGUUAACUUACUUUUUAUACUUUGUUUGCAAUCAGUCAGUGAGUGGGGUCAAACUGAAGUGACAGAAAAAAGAAACUCAAAGUGUGAGAACUUCAGCUGUGACAUGUUGCAACCUGCAAAACAGACUGAUGCAAAAGCUCCAGUGACUUGUGCUUGCCUGGAAGCUAGGUUGAUAGAAGUCUCCACAAACAUACAAUACACAAGAAACACUUAAAUUAAAGCACAGCUGUUAGGGUCAAAAAUGUUUAACUGAUCUCAAUAACAAAGGUAAUGCACAAACACCUGAUGCAACUUACUGUUUAAUUAGGUAC